ACGACAGUAUGUUUCGAAUCGCGAAGCAGUCAACUCCCGCGCAGAAUUAUGUUCUAAAUUAAGAAGCCCUUGAAGGAGAGUUUUGACUUUUGAAAUGUUACUGUGAUUUUGAUAGGAGAGAGAAGGAACCAUGAUAGGUUUCAGUAAAGUGCGAGUGAAACAGGUCACAAAAUGGAAGGAAUAUUUGAAGUAUCACUCAGGAGUAGGGGUGUUCGGGCAUCGACCGCGGGAGUCAAUCGAAUUUGAUGUACCAGAAGAAGUGUUGUCAAAGCGCUUCGAGAACUGCCGCGCGCAGCAGCUAGUCAACGCGUAUCGCACAUACGGCCACCUGCGAGCAAACAUUGAUAACGUUGACUAUAGAAAGGAGACAAGAAGCAUCAAGGAGCUCGAUUUAUCAAGAUACGGACUAUCGGGCGGCGACGUCGUCGACUCGGGGCUAUUGUACGGCCACAAUGGAAAACAGACUGCGAACAAUCUGCGGGAGAAAUUAGAGGGAAUUUAUUGCGGGCCGAUUUCCUACGAGUUCUCUUACUUAGAGAUAGAAGCAGAAAGAGAAUGGUUCGCGCAGCGCGUAGAAGGUGGCAUAGACACAAUAGAUGGCGAGAGAAGAAUAGAAAUACUGAAAGAACUGUUACAUUCCCAAGCGUGGGACAAGUUCCUGUCAAUCAAAUACCCCACAGUAAAGAGGUACUGCGGGGAAGGCGCUGAAUCUCUACUAACUUUCUUUUCUACACUAUUCAGGCUAACUACCUCAGAAGAGUUAAAACAUGUGGUGAUAGCAAUGGCACAUAGAGGCAAGUUGAAUGUGCUGAGCGGCCUGCUGCAGUGUCCGCCGGUGAAGAUAUUCCAUAAGUUUAAUGGCAAUCCGGAGUUUCCUGCUGAAGCUAAUUCUGCCUGCGAUAUUGCCACACAUUUAAGUGCAUCUACUGAUAUCAGUAUGAACGGCAACACAGUCAAAUUCUCCCUUAUAAACAAUCCAUCUCAUUUAGAGGCAGCAAAUCCAGUGUCGAUGGGGAAAACUAGAUCCAAGCAAUUAAAGCUAAUGGAGGGUGAUUAUUCAAGAGACGAAAUGUCGAGAUUCGGCGACAAAGUAUUAAACGUUCAGAUUCAUGGCGAUGCAGCUUUUACAGGGCAGGGGGUGAAUCAAGAAACCCUGAUGCUCUCACAAGUCCCUCAUUUCGAAGUCGGGGGAUCCUUACACGUAGUGGUUAAUAACCAAGUAGGCUUUACAUUACCGGCGAACAGGGGCCGAUCCAGUCGCUAUGUUACAGACUUAGCCAAAUCAAUAGCUGUUCCUGUUAUACACGUGAAUGGCGAUCACCCAGAGCUAAUCGUUAAAGCGACGAACAUAGCGUUUGAGUACCAAAGAAAAUUCCGUAAGGACGUGUUCAUAGACUACAACUGCUAUCGCCGAUGGGGACACAAUGAGCUCGAUGAUCCUACCUUUACAAAUCCAUUACUUUAUAAGCUUAUACAUAAUAGAAAAUCCAUUCCAGAUCUCUACGCUGAUAAACUUAUUUCGGAAGCAUUAAUCACUGAAAAAGACUUAGCAAGUAUAAACGCAGAAUAUACAAAAUUCCUACAAGAACAAUUUGAAGCAGCUACUACUUACACACCACAGGUGACGUAUUACCAGGAACAAUGGUCAGGAAUGUCCGCUGCGCCGGCUGCGGUUGAAGUAUGGGACACUGGCGUUGAUAAGGAAAUGCUAAAACUUAUUGGCCGUGCUUCUGUGACUACACCUAGUGAUUUUGUUAUUCAUGCUCAUCUAGCAAAGACUCAUGUCAAAAACCGUUUAAACAAAAUAAAUGAGGAAAACGUUAUUGACUGGGCGACCGCAGAGGCUAUGGCAAUCGGUUCCCUUCUUAUGGAAGGCCGUCACGUAAGAUUGAGCGGAGAGGAUGUUGGUCGCGGGACAUUCUCUCACCGACACCUGAUGCUCAUAGAUCAAGAAAAGGAGACCAUACAUGUUCCGCUCAAUCAUAUCCAUGAAGAGCAGAAAGGAUUUCUAGAGGUGGCGAAUUCAAUUUUAUCAGAAGAAGCAGUAUUAGGAUACGAAUACGGCAUGGCGUUCGAUUCCCCGGACAACUUGUACAUUUGGGAGGCGCAGUUCGGAGACUUUUACACUGGAGCUCAAAUAAUUGUUGAUACUUUCAUAGCUUCUGGGGAGAGCAAAUGGGUACGCAGCAAUGGUCUAGUAAUGUUACUCCCUCACGGGUUUGACGGUGCAGCAUCAGAACAUUCCUCGUGCAGGAUGGAACGGUUCCUGCAACUGACUGACAGUUCCGAGACCAAACCCGACUCUGAAGCAGUGUGCAUGCAUGUAGCGAACCCAACGACUCCUGCGCAAUACUUCCAUUUGUUAAGGAGACAGAUGGUACGCAACUACCGGAAGCCACUGGUUGUUGUAGCUCCGAAAAUAUUGCUACGAUUAGCCGACGCUACAUCGCCGCUGUCUGACUUUGCACCUGGGACACAUUUUAAGCCGGUUAUCGGUGACACUAUAGCAGAUCCACUGAGGGUCAACCGAGUGAUACUGGUCUGCGGGAAACAUUAUUACGAGCUACACAAGGAGAGGCUAAAAGCUAGGAUAGACGACGUCGCUAUUAUAAGAGUCGAGUCCCUCAGUCCAUUCCCGCUCCACGCUUUACAACAGGAAGUUGGGAAAUAUAAAAAUGCUAGGAAAUUUAUAUGGAGUCAAGAAGAACAUCGAAACAUGGGAGCCUGGACAUUUGUCAAGCCUCGCUUCGAGAACCUCCUGGGCAAAAAGUUACUUUACGCGGGGAGAGCUGAGGCUGCGACGACGGCUGUGGGCGCCUCAAAACUGCAUCGUGUAGAAGUUGAACAUAUCUUGAGAGAACCGCUUUACAACAUUAAAUAAAUACAACAAAAAACCAUACUUUUUUAUUAG